UGCCGCUUUUUUUUCUGUUGUAUGCAGAGCACGUACGCGGUGUUUUUUUAUACCAUUUUUGGUGUUUCGUACAUUUGUCGCGGAUAUUUACGUUUAACGAAAUGAACAUCUAACAAACAAACAAACCUGUGUACGUUUAAUGUUCAAUGUGUGUGUUCAAUAAACUGUUUAUGUACGCGUCGCUCUCAUUGAAAUAACAAACUAAUGAAAAAAAUCAAAUUGGAUUAUCGCCAAGCCCCGUGCUAAUGUUGGGCAACACUGCCGCACUUAUGGCCACGUUUCUGCCAUCCAAUUGGAACAACCACACGAAGAACUGCCCCUAGCUAACAAUUUAAUUGUCACAAUUGCACAAAAACUAUUUGUGCUGAUAAGAAGAAGCCAGAGUACAGGCAGUAAAGGAGACCCACACUCCUCCUGGCCUGCCACCAAACAAGGGAUAAAUCAGCAUGUCUACCCAAUCUUUAUAUCGCUGCCUUGUGCCUCACGUCCCGCCACAUCGAGCAACGUAGAAUUUCUUCUGUUUUGUCUCAUAUGCUUCCAACAAAAUUGCAGCAGCAACAACAACAACAUCAUCAUCAACAACAACAACGAUAAUAGCCAUAGCAGUAGCUAUUGCGAACUACAACAACAGGAAAGUCAAGCAAGAAGUGAAUUGCAGAUUGUAAAGCAAUUCGAACUACACUGAGAGAAACGCCGUUUGGAGCGUGUUUGGUGCCGUUUUGUGGUCUUGUUACUUCGUGAUUUCGUCGCCGUCGUCAGCGUUUGCCGCAGACGGAGGAGGACGAUUGACGCGAAGAAACGAGCCGUAGCCAAAGCCUCAACACGGACGCAUUUAUGGAUGCGGGCGGCCUGCCAGUGUUCCAGAGCGCCAGCCAAGCAGCAGCAGCCGCCGUCGCCCAGCAGCAGCAGCAGCAGCAACAGCAACAGCAGCAUCAGCAGCAGCAGCACUUGAAUCUCCAAUUGCAUCAGCAGCACUUGCAGCAGCAGAGUCUGGGCAUACACCUGCAGCAGCAGCAGCAAUUGCAACUGCAACAGCAGCAACACAAUGCACAGGCGCAGCAACAGCAACAGUUGCAGGUGCAACAACAGCAGCAGCAGCAGCGACAGCAGCAACAGCAGCAGCAGCAGCAUUCGCCCUACAAUGCCAACUUGGCAGCAGCAGGCGGCAUUGUCGGCGGCCUUGUCCCUGGCGGCAACGGAGCUGGCGGCGUUGCGUCUGCAGCAGCUGUCGGCGGACCCAAUGGCAACAACAAUAACAACAACAACGGCAGCAACGGCAACAGCAACAACAUCAUCAUCAACAACAGCAACAUUGCACAAGGGGAUGGACUGCCAGCGAAACGUCAGCCAAUUGUUGAACGCCUGCGCAGACGCAUGGAAGGCUAUCGACGCAGACAGACGGACUGCGUGCCACGUUACGAGCAGACCUUCAGCACCGUCUGCGAGCAGCAGAACCAGGAGACUAGCGCACUGCAGAAGCGCUUCCUCGAGAGCAAGAACAAGCGGGCGGCCAAAAAGACUGAGAAGAAACUGCCGGAGACCCAACAGCAGACACAGACACAGAUGUUAGCCGGACAGCUGCAGAGCAGCGUGCAUGUGCAACAAAAAAUCCUAAAACGUUCAGCGGACGAUGUUGACAAUGGCCCCGACAACUUUGAACCGCCGCACAAGUUUCCCAAUAACAACAACAACAACAACAAUAACAACAGCAGCAAUAAUAACAACAAUAAUAGCAGCAGCAACAACAACAAUAACAACAACAGCAGCAGCUCUAGCGGCGUCGGCGGCGGCGGCUCAGAGAAUCUAACAAAAUUCUCUGUGGAAAUCGUCCAGCAACUGGAGUUCACCACCUCGGCGGCCAAUUCGCAGCCGCAGCAGAUUAGCACGAAUGUCACAGUGAAGGCGCUGACCAACACCUCUGUCAAGAGCGAACCGGGUGUCGACCAGCAACAGCAGCAGCAGCAGCAGCAACAACAUCAGCAACAUCAACAACAUCAGCAGCAUCAGCAGCAUCAACAGCAGCAACACCAUCAGCAGCAGCAGCAGCAGCAACAAGGCGGCGGUCUGGGUGGCCUUGGAAAUAAUGGGCGUGGCGGCGGGGGUCCUGGCGGCGGCGGCGCCGGCAUGCCCACAGGACCCGGCGGCGUCGGAAUGGUGCCCAACAUGAUGUCGGCCCAGCAGAAAUCCGCCCUGGGCAACUUGGCCAAUUUGGUCGAGUGCAAGCGAGAGCCGGACCACGAUUUUCCCGACUUGGGCUCGUUGGACAAGGAUGGCGCGAAUGGACAAUUUCCGGGCUUUCCCGAGCUGCUGGGCGAUGACAACUCUGAGAACAAUGACACCUUCAAGGAUCUCAUCAACAAUCUGCAGGACUUCAAUCCCAGUUUCCUCGACGGUUUUGAGGAGAAGCAGCUGCUCGAUAUCAAAACGGAGGAUGGCAUCAAAGUGGAGCCGCCCAACGCGCAGGAUCUGAUCAACAGCUUGAACGUGAAGAGCGAGUCGGGCUUGGGUCAUGGCUUUGGCGGUUUCGGUGUUGGACUUGGUCUCGAUCCGCAGUCGAUGAAAAUGCGACCAGGCGUUGGUUUUCCCAACGGCAACAACAACGCAGGCAACAACAACCCCGCAGCUGGCGGCAACACCGGGCCGGGUGGUCUCAUGUCGGAGCACUCGCUGGCGGCGCAGACGCUGAAGCAGAUGGCCGAGCAGCAUCAGCACAAGAGCGCGAUGGGCGGCAUGGCCGGCUUUCCACGCCCACCCCACAGCAUGCAGCAGCAGCAACAGCAACAACAACAGCAGCAACAGCAGCAGCCGCAGCAGCAGCAGCAUGGCCAGAUGCGCUACAAUGACUAUGGCGGCGGCUUUACCAAUGACUUUUCGAUGGGUCCGAAUCCUGGGCAGCAGCAACAGCAGCAGCCACAGCAACAGCAGCCGCAGCAGCAGCAACACUUGCCGCCGCAGUUCCAUCAAAAGGCGCCGGGCGGCGGUGUCAAUGUGCAGCAGAACUUUUUGGAUAUCAAGCAGGAGCUCUUCUAUUCCUCACAAAACGAUUUCGAUCUCAAGCGGCUGCAACAGCAGCAGGCAAUGCAACAGCAACAGCAGCAGCACCAUGCACAGCAGCAACAGCAACAACAUCCCAAUGGUCCCAAAAUGGGUGUACCCAUGGGCGGAGCGGGCAACUUUGCGAAGCAGCAGCAGCAGCAACAGGUGCCGACGCCGCAGCAGCAGCAACAGUUGCAGCAGCAACAGCAACAAUACUCGCCAUUCAGCAAUCAAAACGCCAACGCCAACUUCCUCAACUGCCCGCCUCGCGGCGGCCCCCAAGGCAAUCAGGCGCCGCCGCAGCAGCAGCAGCAACAACAGCAGCAGCAGCAGCCGCCACGCGGUCCGCAGUCCAAUGCCAAUGCGGGUAAUGCAGGCAAUGCAACGCAGCAGCAACAGCAACAACAACAACAGCAGCAGCAGCAGGCCACAACUACAACGCUGCAAAUGAAGCAAACGCAGCAGUUGCACAUCAGUCAACAAGGCGGCGGCUCGCACGGCAUCCAGGUCUCUGCUGGGCAGCACUUGCACCUGAGCAGCGACAUGAAGAGCAACGUUUCGGUUGCCGCGCAGCAGGGCGUCUUCUUCAGUCAGCAGCAGGCGCAGCAGCAGCAGCAACAACAGCAGCAACAGCAGCAGCAGCCGGGCAACUCCGGACCCAAUCCACAGCAGCAGCAGCAGCAGCCGCACGGCGGCAAUCCGGGUGGCAAUGGCGGCAAUCCGAAUGGCCCCCAGCAGCAGCAGCAGCAGCAACCAAAUCAAAAUAUGAACAAUGCAAAUGUACCCUCCGACGGCUUCUCGCUCUCCCAAAGCCAAAGCAUGAACUUUACGCAGCAGCAGGCGGCGGCGGCGGCGGCAGCUGCUGCUGCACAACAGCAACAGGCAGCCGCCCAGCAGCAGCAGCAGGUGCCGCCCAACAUGCGUCAGCGUCAAACGCAGGCGCAGGCAGCGGCAGCAGCGGCCGCCGCAGCGGCUGCCCAGGCGCAGGCAGCGGCCAAUGCCAAUGGCGGACCCGGCAGCAAUGUGCCGCUGAUGCAGCAGCAGCAGCAGCCGGGCGGCGUGCCCGUUGGGGCAGGCAGCGGCAACGCCGGCAGCGCAGGGGGGCCCAAUAACGGUGCAAUGAAUCAGCUGGGCGGACCCAUGGGCGGCAUGCCGGGCAUGCAGAUGGGCGGACCCGGUGUGCCCAUGAAUCCCAUGCAGAUGAAUCCGAAUGGCGGCGCGCCCAACGCCCAGAUGAUGAUGGGCGGUGGCAACGGUGGCCCGGUGCCGGUCCCAGCCGGCAGCCAGGCCAAGUUCCUGCAGCAGCAGCAGAUGAUGCGUGCCCAGGCCAUGCAGCACCAGCAGCAGGUACAGCAGCACAUGUCCGGCGCCCGUCCCCCGCCGCCCGAGUACAAUGCGACCAAGGCGCAGCUGAUGCAGGCGCAGAUGAUGCAGCAGACGGUGGGCGGCGGCGGCGUCGGUGGCGGUGUGGGCGUGGGCGUGGGUGGCAACGCAGCCGGCGGACGCUUCCCCAACAGCGCAGCCCAGGCAGCGGCCAUGCGGCGCAUGACCCAGCAGCCCAUCCCGCCAUCCGGGCCAAUGAUGCGACCCCAGCAUGCCGCCAUGUACAUGCAGCAGCAUGGUGGUGCGGGCGGCGGGCCACGCGGCGGCAUGGGCGGACCGUACGGCGGCGGGCAGCCGCAGCAGCAACCUCAGCAGCAGCAGCGGCCGCCGAACGUGCAAGUGACGCCCGAUGGCAUGCCGAUGGGCUCGCAGCAGGAGUGGCGCCACAUGAUGAUGACGCAGCAGCAGCAGCAGAUGGGCUUCGGACCGGGCGGACCCAUGCGACAAGGGCCCGGCGGCUUUAACAGCGGCAACUUCAUGCCCAAUGGGGGACCCAAUGCGCCGGGCAACGGGCCGAACAGCGGCAUGAUGUCCGGCCCGAACGGGCCGCAGAUGCAGCUGACGCCCGCGCAAAUGCAGCAGCAGCUGAUGCGACAACAACAGCAGCACAUGGGACCCGGCGGAGGAGGCGGCGGCGGCGGCGGCAACAUGCAAAUGCAACAGCUGCUGCAGCAGCAGCAGAGCGCGGCUGCUGGCGGCAACGGCGGCGGCGGCGGUGGAGGCGGCGGCAUGAUGGCCGCCCAGAUGCAGAUCAACAGCAUGCACAUGAGCCAGACCCAGCAGCAGAUCACCAUGCAGCAGCAGCAGCAGUUCGUCCAGAGCAGCAGCACGACAACAACACACCAGCAGCAGCAACAGUUGCUGCAGAUGAGCCAGAGCGGGCCGGGACCCAGUAACAACAAUGCCGCAGCGCAGGCGGUUGGCGGCGUUGGUGUUGGUGUGGGCGUGGGCGUGUCAACAAUCGCGAGCGCCAGCUCCAUUAGCCAGACGAUCAACUCGGUGGUGGCCAACUCGAAUGACUUGUGCCUCGAAUUCCUCGACAGCCUGCCGGUGGACAGCAACUUCUCCACGCAGGAUCUGAUCAACUCGCUGGACAACGACAACUUUAACAUACAGGACAUUUUGCAGUAGACCAAUAGCGAGAGAGAGACAGAUAGAGAGAAUGCGAAAGAAAGAAUGCGAAAUCAAAAGGAUGCCAGCACCAGCCUAACGAACACCAGCACCAAGCUAGCCACCAUAACCAACCAACCAACCAACCAACCAACCAACCAAUUGUUGCCUGUUUUUGUUUAAUUUUUUUGUUGCCUGUUGUUGUUAUUGCCUCCCCCCGUGAGACCUCAUCCCCUGUUUGUUGAUUGUGUGAAUUUUAGAAGCUAAGUUCGUUUCGAUGUACUUUAAUUUGGGACUUUACUGUAUUAUUAGCCGCUAGAGCUGACCGCCUCGUUUCUGGGGCACAGGGCAGCAACGGUCCAAGGCGGGCGAGCGCUGGGGGCGUGGCAGCGGCAGCGGCCAGUACGCAAACAUUCCAUAAGCUACAAAUAUAUAUUUCCACGUAUAUAUGUAUAUUUGAAUAAUAAUUCGAGCAAAAGUAUUCAAAAGCAGCCCCAAAAAAAAAAAAAAAAAAAAAAAAACAAAAUAUAUAUACAUUUAAAAAAUGAAGAGAAAAUAGUAAAGCACAUAGAUAUACCCUCACCCAUACACUCGCAGAACUUAAGCACU